AUGCCCACCCCUGUGCUCCGGCUAGGUGUUCUAGGCGCCACAAAUGCAGUCCAAGCCACCUACCUGCCGGUCCUCCAAUCCCUCAAAACUCACUACACCCUCACAGCCAUCUACGACCCAAACGCAGAAAUCGCAACCCAAUGCCAGUCCCGCUUCGACAUAACCCACAGCACAACAGUCGUCGAAGAUGUCCUACGCCAUAAAGAAGUGGAUGUCAUCCUCAACCUCCUCCCAAUGGAGUACCACGAACAAUACACCGUGACAGCCCUUGAAGCCGGCAAAGACGUGAUGGUCGAAGUCCCACUUACAAUGAGCAUUUCAAGCAUGCGCCGCAUUCGCGAGGCAAUCAACAAAGGCAAAACCUCCCGGUCUCUCAACGGCGUCAACCAAAGAGACGGUCCAAAGGUAUUUGUCGGUUGCGCGCGUCGCUACGCACCAUGCUUCACAGAAGUCUUCAAGAAAGAACUCGCCACUAUAGGCCGCGUAUACUACGCGCGCUGCCGUCACAUCGCCGGGCCAAUGAACAACAUCGUCACGCCGACUUUAAAAGACAUCACACAUAUGAAGAGCCAUAAUAACCCAGAACAAUUCCGCGUUCUACUAGAAGAUGUCUUCGGGUCUGAAGAAGACCUCACCCCAGACAGAAUUGCUUUUUGUCGGUACCUCGGUAUGCUGGGCUGCCAUGACCUUUCGGUGAUGCGAGAGUCGCUAGGCUUGCCGGAUGCUGUUUCCAACGUUGCUAUCACGGACCCGUUCUACUCUGCCAUUUUCCACUAUAAAAAUUCCACCGAAAACGAUGGGCACCCAUUUACGCUUCUCUGGGAGGCCGGUGUUGAUGCCUUGCCUCGCUGUGAUGCGCAUUUGACUGUGUACGGCGCGCACAAGACUCUCAGCGUGGAAUAUGACUUCCCCCGUCCUGGUGAGAAGAUCAGCACUGGUACAUAUGUACGAGUUGUUGUUGAGGAAGCGGAUGGGACGGCAGAAAUGGAUAAUGUCAAUGGCAAUCAGAUUAACGAGACCGAGAAUGCUGUUGCUCUUCCUCGCGUGAAGCGGACGGAGACUGUCAGUACCUGUGAUGAGGCGUAUGAGCGUGAAUUCAUGGCUCUGCAUUCUUAUCUGGUUGGUGAAGGGUCGGCGGCGAAGACAAGCGCUGAGGACGCUGUCAUGGAUCUACGGCUGCUGCUUAUGAUCUUUGACCACUAUAAUCGCCAGUGUGGUACCAUUCGAACUCCAUUGGGUUGA